AUGGAAAAUGUCGACGCGCAACUACAAUCAGCAUUGGACAUCCUACAUGAUCUCAGUUCAGCUCCUAAUGUAUCGACGAUGGUUACACAAACUAUUGACCUUCAACACUUUCGACUCAUGGACCUUCGCAAGUUUCUCGUCGCUGUUGGAAAAAGAAUACCAGCGUCUGAAGUUGAUCUUGCAAAAGAAGUGCGUUCUCAGACACGACGAAAAAGAGGUUUAUUUAAUUUUGUGGGUCUUAUCCAGAGCACUCUGUUUGGAACGGCAACGGCCGACGAUGUAGCUAAAUUGGAUGAAGAUUAUUCUUUACUGGCAUUAGAGGAUCCUGAGGUACUGUCACUGUAUAAAACAGCCGAAUUUGUGGCAUAUGACAUAGUUAUUCAUCUCAUAUAUCCUUUUACUACUCCCAAGGUUCUUCUCUAUGACAACAGAUUAGAGUUCAAGAACCAACUUGUAGCGCAAAUAUGUCAACAAUACGACAUCCAACAAAGCUUUAUCGCAGCCUAUCAUCCACUGGCUAAUGGCCUUGUUGAAAGAACCAUUCACAAACUCCUAGAGAUUCUUCGUCCAAUAGCCAGUCAAAUGCACUAUGCACGGGAAGAUUGGUUACCUAAAGUCGCCGCAUCUAUUAAUGGGUCGAUCAACAGCUCUACAGGCAAAUCACCCUAUUAUAUUGUUUACGGCAUAGAUAAACGUCUACCUUAUGACGUACUUACAGACAAGUCAUGCCCAGUCUAUAAUGUGAACGAUUUCACCACCAGGCAAAUCAAUGUAUUUACGGAUAUUCAUGGCCAAGUACGUAAACAUUUAGCAGCAUCAUGCGCUGAAAUGAUAUACAAGCAACAUAAACAAGCUAAGCCCGUCUUGCUAGAAAUAGGCGAUGCUGUUAUGGUGCGAGAACCUGAACGAAAGUCCAAGCUUUCACCCAAGUUUGACGGACGUUUCCGCAUUAUUGCUAAAGAAGCGUACCAUAAAUUAAAAAUUUUGAAGCCAAACUCACAAACUUCAGAUGUUCUGCAUGCGGACAGACCUAAAAAGGUCCAUUCAGAUUCAUUCCCCAGGAAUGAUAAUGAUGUCCCAGACAUCGAUGUCCUUGACACAACUGUUCAAACAGCAAACAUGUCAAAUACACCCAGUUUAUCUGAUGAUUAUUGA